UCCAGCGGCUCAGUUUUCGUUCCGUGUCUAUAGCAACCGCGAAUUGAAGAGAGGGUCUGCGCUGAGUCUGUGGUGGGAAUCACAUCUCAUCAACAUCUCUGACAAAGUGAAAGCCAGCUCAUUGGUGGAAAAACAUGGAUGGUAGAAGCAGGAAUAAUGAUGUGCAAGAAGAGCUGGACUCAUUGGAGUCUGAGCUGGAGUUGGUGGAGCUGCAGAUCACGGAGCUCCUGCAGAAGCAGACUGACCUGACUUCUCGCAAGAAUGCAUUACUGCAGCAGUUGGAGGAGGACUGUGACGCUGCAAAUUCAUCUUCAACUUCCUCAAAGUCAUCUAGAGCUCAGUCUGUAAUGAGCAAAGAGGAGAUGCAGCGCUACGAUGGCUCAGAUUUCCCAUGGUCCAAGGCAGUGGAGCAGGAGCUAAAGAAAUCAUUCAAUCUCUCCAAGUUCAGACCACUGCAGCUCAGGGCCAUCAAUCUGACCCUGUCGGGCAAAGAUGUCUUCCUGGUUAUGCCGACAGGAAGAGGAAAAAGCCUCUGCUACCAGCUGCCUGCAGUCUGCUCCGAGGGUUUUACACUGGUUGUCACUCCCUUGGUGUCCCUAAUGGAGGACCAGAUCAUGUACCUGAAGUCAGUCAAUGUGUCAGCAGUAAUGCUGAAUGCAUCCAGUAGCAAGGAGCAUGCUAAGACAGUAAUGGCUGGAAUGACUGACGUGAAGGCCCCUUUCAAGCUGCUGUAUGUGACUCCAGAAAAGAUCGCCAAGAGCAAGCUUCUAAUGUCUCGUUUGGAGAAAGCCUACAAUGCAAACCUGCUGAGUCGUAUCACUGUGGACGAGGUGCACUGCUGCAGCCAGUGGGGACAUGACUUCAGACCAGAUUAUAAGCUGCUGGGCAUCCUAAAGAGGCAGUUCCCCAAAGUGCCGUUGAUCGGCCUCACUGCCACGGCAACCAGCAGCGUCCUCAAGGACUGCGAGAAGAUCCUGUGUGUACCACAGCCAGUCACUCUCACAGCUUCCUUCAACCGAACCAAUCUCUACUAUCAGGUGCGUAUUAAAGUGUCUGAUAAUGAGGAAGCCAUAAGUGACAUUGCCUCUCUGAUCAAGAACAGAUACAAGGACCAGUCAGGGAUUGUGUAUGUGUUCUCUCAGAAGGAUGCAGAAUCUGUGUCCUCUGAGCUCCAGAAGAAGGAUAUUGUGGCCUAUCCCUACCAUGCCAACAUGAACCCUGAGGACAAGUCCAAGGUUCACCGCAAGUGGACCUCCAACAAAAUCAGGGUGAUCGUAGCUACUGUGGCUUUUGGCAUGGGCAUUGACAAGCCCGACGUCAGGUUUGUCAUCCACCACACCAUCAGUAAGUCCGUCGAGAACUACUACCAGGAGAGUGGACGUGCAGGUCGAGACGGCCAGCCAGCAGACUGCAUCGUCUACUUUGGUUUCUCUGAUAUCUUCAGGAUCAGCACCAUGGUGGUGAUGGAGAACGUUGGUCAACAGAAGCUGCUGAAGAUGGUCAAUUACUGCCAGAAUAUUGACAGGUGUCGGCGCUCCCUCAUGGCUGUUCAUUUUGAUGAGGUGUGGGACGAUGAAGGCUGCAAACAGAUGUGUGAUACUUGCCGCAACACAAAAGCAGACUUCACGACUGUGGACAUUACCCAGCAUGCCCGGCAGGUGGUGCAGAUAUUGGAACUGGCAGUGUCUAUGGAUGAGAGGCUGACUCCUCUGAAGCUAGUGGAGGCCUGGAUGGGGAAAGGCCCCGCUAAGCGCAGGAAGAUGAUUCAGACCACUACACUGUCUCGGCUGCAGGUUGAAGGUGUUAUUGUGCAACUGCUGGUGCAGGGAUACCUCAGAGAGGACUUCAGCUUCACACCAUACACCACCUACUUCUACAUGAAGCUGGGCCCCAAAGCUGCUCUGUUGAAGAACCAGACUCAUACACUCAGCAUGAAGAUGCGGCCAAUAGAGUCUGUAUUUGCUGUGGUAAAAGCUGCGAGUGUCCAGGGCAAAGCCAAAGAGGGAAAGAGAUCAGUUCAAAGUGCUGGAGAUGCCCCUGUGUCCAAGAGAACCAAGAGAGCCCUCCCCUAGUCCCUGACAAAGACACUUCAGCUGUUAAAGUUUACGAAGAGGAGGUUGAGUUGACCUUUGACCUCAUUGAAUUGGACAGCA